CACUCACGAUCUCGGCUCUUUCCCAUACUCUCUUUCAAAUCAACAACUUUCCCAUACUCUCUUUCAAAUCAACAAGUCUAGCGUUAGGGUUAGGCUUAGGGUUAGGGUUCGUGUUUUUGAGAAUCUCGAAGUUUUUGAAGAAAGAAAAUGAGUUCGGGUGGAGGAUCGACGAAGGGAGGGCGAGGAAAGCCCAAGGCUUCGAAAUCGGUGUCUCGGUCUCACAAGGCUGGUCUUCAGUUCCCUGUGGGUAGGAUCGCUCGAUUCUUAAAGGCUGGAAAGUAUGCCGAACGAGUCGGCGCCGGGGCUCCCGUCUACCUCUCUGCUGUUCUCGAGUACCUCGCCGCCGAGGUUUUAGAACUUGCUGGUAAUGCAGCGAGGGACAACAAGAAGAACAGAAUAGUGCCUCGACACAUACAGCUGGCGGUGAGGAAUGAUGAGGAGCUGAGCAAGCUGUUGGGUUCAGUGACCAUUGCUAAUGGAGGUGUUUUGCCCAACAUUCACCAGACACUGCUGCCGAAGAAGGUGGGCAAAGGCAAGGGCGAGAUUGGUUCUGCUUCUCAGGAGUUUUAGGGAACUUGGUUUUUGAUCAUGUAAAAUACAAAAUGCUUCUGAAUUUUUUGUUUUUGGGUCUUGUAUUAGAACUUUAUGAUAGCCCUCUCCUUUGGGAAGAUGAUUACAGUUUAAGCCUUCUAUGAGUGAAAACUCUCUGGGUUUGUUUG